UGGUAGUUGCUCCUCCUUCUUUCUAAACUCCAACCAUCUCUAUCUCUCUCUCUCUAAUUCUUAAACCCUAGAAAAAGCCUCUCUCUCUGUCUGUGCAGAGUUGCCAACACUAGAGAGAGAGAAAGGGCUUUUGGUUUCAGAUCGCGUUGAUACCUCAGCUCAGCUCGCUCGCCGAUCUACGCCGUCUCGCCCGAGUUCGCUCAAUGGUCGGCUCGGACGAUUGAAAUGCUGGCUACUGCUCUCCGCGAUUUCGAUGUCAAUCGCCCAAAAUGUCCGCUUUAGCUGCUUUUGAGCGCCCCCUUCGACCUGCUGCUUCUAACACGCAGGUGUUCAAGAGUGGCCCACUUUUCAUAUCUUCUAAAGUGCAGAAAUGUUGUUUCUUAAAUGCUUUCUUCUAGCGGGAAAUUCUGAUGCCAUCUCCAGAGUCUUCAGAAUGUAAUGCACUCUAUCAACUGUGCAACCUGAAUGUAAUGUUACGCUUGGUUCAAAAUCUUGUACGAAGAAGCUCACCUACAACCCCUGCACUCUCACCCUCACCCCCCUAUCUCGAUUUAUCAGUUCAUUUGUUGCUCCAAAACACUUGCUUGCAACGUUAUUUCUCUGGGGGGUCGAAGGCGUUGGCGUCAAGCCCUAGUCUCUCCAUAUGGAGGCGCAAGAAAGAGAUGGGGAAGGAAGGUCUCAUGGUGGCUAAGGAGCUCAAGAGGCUCCGCUCUCAGCCUCUCCGCCUUGACCACUUCAUACGCUCCCAUGUCUCCCGCUUGCUCAAGUCUGAUCUCCUCGCUGUUCUUGCCGAGUUUCAGAGACAAGACCAGGUCUUUCUCUCUAUGAAGAUAUAUGAUGUGGUUCGUAAAGAGAUUUGGUAUAGACCGGACAUGUUCUUUUACAGGGACAUGCUUAUGAUGCUUGCAAGAAACAAAAAGGUGGAUGAAGCAAAGAAGGUUUGGGGAGAUCUGAAGAGAGAGGAAGUUCUAUUUGAUCAGCAUACUUUCGGGGACAUCAUCAGGGCUUUCCUAGAUGGUGGUUUGCCCUCGGAGGCAAUGGAGAUAUAUGGUGAAAUGAGACAAUCACCUGAUCCCCCAAUCUCACUGCCGUUUAGAGUAAUAUUGAAGGGCCUCCUCCCGUACCCGGAAUUGAGGGAGAAGGUGAAAGAUGACUUCUUGGAGCUAUUUCCUGAUAUGAUCGUCUAUGACCCACCUGAAGACUUAUUUGAAGACGAAGAAUGGAAAAGAGAGAGUGAAGAUGAUGACUAAAUAGUGCUGCUAGGUAUGAUGCAAUCCGUCGUGUGCGGUGUUUAAGUAGGUCUUUUACUGGUAGAUGGUCGAUCUGCUGCACGCUACAAAAAUUAAUCCAGAGUUUGUGUUGCAACGAGUAAAUAACCCUGAUCAUAUUUCAAAGUAUUGUCUUGUAAAUGCUUUUGGGAAGUCUUAUUCAAAUAGUUAGGCAGAGUUAGGUAUGCGAUCCUAGUUUUGGUUUUAGUUAUUGUUCUCAUGUUUGGGUCGAAACAAUUUUCGUUUCCGAGUUUCAAAUUACUACUAUCCUACCGCCCUA